CUUGGAAGUCUCGCGGUAGGUUCGGCCCCGGGGCGGAGCGGAAGCAACCAAAGGGAGAGAGGAGAGGCGGCUUUGCGGAAUACGACCGUGUCUUGAGUUUGGUCUUCCACCAUUCCCCUCAUAAUCAGGAGAGCUAGUAGCAGUGAGCUGUGCCAGACGACAGAGGCAGGGUGCUGGCAGCGAAGGGUGACCGGCCCUUCUUGUGGUGAGGCCCCACAGGGGCAGGAACACUAAAGUGAUCAUGGAAGCCAUUGCUAAGUACGACUUUAAAGCCACAGCAGAUGACGAGCUAAGCUUCAAACGAGGGGACAUACUGAAGGUGUUGAACGAGGAAUGUGACCAGAACUGGUACAAAGCUGAACUCAAUGGCAAAGACGGAUUUAUUCCCAAAAACUACAUUGAGAUGAAGCCCCAUCCGUGGUUUUUUGGUAAGAUUCCCCGCGCCAAAGCAGAAGAGAUGCUCGGCAAACAAAGGCAUGAUGGUGCCUUUCUGAUCCGGGAAAGUGAGAGUGCGCCGGGGGACUUCUCUUUAUCAGUCAAAUUUGGUAAUGAUGUUCAGCAUUUCAAAGUCUUGCGAGACGGUGCAGGAAAAUACUUCCUAUGGGUGGUGAAAUUCAACUCUUUGAAUGAACUGGUUGACUACCACCGGUCUACGUCUGUUUCCAGGAACCAGCAGAUCUUCCUGCGUGACAUCGAGCAGGUGCCACAGGUACACGGGGGAGACAGAGCCACAAGUGUGCCACAGCAACCCACGUAUGUGCAAGCUUUGUUCGACUUCGACCCCCAGGAAGACGGGGAGCUUGGAUUCCGACGAGGAGACUUCAUUCAAGUGGUGGACAACUCUGAUCCCAACUGGUGGAAAGGAACUUGCCAUGGACAGACAGGCAUGUUCCCACGCAAUUACGUGACACCCGUCAACCGCAACCUGUAACCGGAGCCUGCACAGAACCGGCAGCCAGGGAGGAGCACAGCAGACUUAUCUGAGGGGGGAGCACAGACUGGAUGAUAUGGGAGAGGCAUGGACUGGGUGACUCUGGGGUGGAAGGGCAGGCUGAAGAUUAAUUGCAUAGACUGACCCAGGGAAUAAUGAACAGACUUUACUGACCAUAGAGUGCCUGGACAGACUGAUUUGACAUGAAUACAUCAAUGUAUUUAUUGACCCACUUGGGGUGGGAGGUGGGUGCGGGAAAAACUUACUGACCAUAGAAAGAGCAUGACUGAACUUCAGGAGGUAGGUAGACUGACCAGGAAUGAAUAGUGCUAUAGGCCAAGUGCCCCGACACAUGGAUUAACCUAAAGGAGAUGGUCAAAGAUUGGGGUGCUCUUGGACGGACUAGAAAUAACUGGCAGUGAAUGAGUGUGCAGAAUGGCACUCAACACUCAAAUAUACACUCUGACGCUCUCAGAUCCCUGACCAGAAGUGGCCACCUCAGUUGUCUUGCUGUGCUUUGUCCGUUUGCUUCUCAGAGCAUCUUUACUAGGGGUUAACCCCUUGGAUCAGUAUGGAACUUUUAUUUGGGGUAGGGGAAGGGAGGGGGGAGGCUCAGAGUCGUACAGGCUCGCAGGGAGGGAAGGAAUCAUGGAUGUUUGAUUUAUAAUGCCAAAACUUAACUUUAAAUUAAAAACAAAAAAAGAGACUUUUUGUUAAAUUAACAAAUUCCCUUUUGCUGCUGCUUUUUUUUUUUUUUUUUUCUCUUCACUUUUCCUCUUUCAUGCAUGUGUGUUAGUAAAGCACUGACUACAACACACGCCUGUAUAAUAAAGCGAACAGAAUACAGAGCUGACAUUUUCCAUUCAUUUUCUCUCUCUAUGCAAUUCACAGCAUUCUGUUGUCUUUGAGGAAACAGAAUAUGAGCAGGUCCUCUGACAAAUGUAGGCAGCCCGGGGUGGGUUUACUGUUCUUGAUCUGUGUGGGGGUUCAGGGCUGGGUGCAAAGCAGCUGGCAUGCUUUGUGUGUCUGAUUUAUCUUUCUGCCUGACCUGCAGCAGGCGGCCAUUUACAUAAUUACCUCUAUGAUGCAGAAGGAGGGGGGUUAUGACAAGCCGGAGUAACUGGCCCCUAAAGGGUUAAUCAGCAGGGCUCUGGUCGAGAAGAGGGGAACUGCCAUGCGGUGCGGAGUUCUGUCAGUCUCCCUUCUAACAAAUUGGCUGGCACUUCUUCCUCUCUGCUCACCGCUUCCUUCUGUUUUUAUGUAAAUAGGAUGAUGUGAGGAGGAAGGGCAACUGUUAACCCUUAGCAUACUAGAGUAGCUAAAAUCAGGCAUGCUGGAAAUAUAUUUUCAAAAAUGAGGGCUGAGGUUUAUAAGGGACAUUAAAUUCAAAAUGACGUUUUCCAUGAAAUGUUUCAUUAUGCGCUGUUAAAAUCUGCAAUGUACUUUACUUUGUUUACUUUUAUUGUAAAAAAAAAAAAGUCCUUUUUCGCUACUUCUCCCAGAGAGGGGGUUUUCCAUUACUGACCCUGUAAAAUGCUACAAAGUAAUUGCAUGAUCCGCAUAGGUGCUCAUUUAUAUAUGUCCUUGGGCCGCAAAACAAUGGAAAUGAUGCUAAUGAAAUGACAGUUUUGUAUGCAGCACUUAAUUGCUGAUAUAUUUACAUCAGGGGUGUCAAACUGGCGGCCCGCGGGCCUCAUGCGGCCCUUAACCUAAUUUUGUGUGGCCCACACCACCCUCCAUGAAAAAUAAUAAUUAUAAUAUGCUUAUUACUUAAAGAGCGAGUGCACUUACUGUUAGGGAUGCGCAUACUUUAAAACCCCUCAGUCUUUAACGAGUAAUAUUGUUAUUAAAAAGAAAAAGGCAAAUACAAACACAUAUAAGUUCAUAAUGAUUUAUUUGACACAUUUAUAUAGGUAUUCUUUACUAUGGCAGCACUAAUUUCACGCAUCAUUUUUGUCUAUUCCUUUCCAUAAUUUUCUCUUUAACUAAAAUCCCAUACUUUAUAUUUAAUAAAUAUAUAUUUUAUAUGUAUUUAUUUUAUAUUAUAUACAACAGGUAUAUGUCUAUGACUAUUUAAACAGUUGGUCCUAUGCCGACAGCACUGUGAUCCACCAUUUAUAAUGCAGAAGAAAUGUUAUACUAUGCACAUGCGUAUGCUAAACUGUGAGUGUGCCCUGAACAGGGCUGCUAUAGAAAAAAUAGCACAGACUCUGUGGGAGAGCAACCCGAUAGUGUGCGUGUGCGUCACCUUCUUAAAAGCAUUAGAGUGCUUUUUAUUGAGCCAGAGUAAGUUAAUUAGGAGUUACAGAACACAAUCUUUUGAAGUGUAUACUGUUAUAGCAAAUGCCACUGCUUUGUUUAGCAAUGACAAGAUAUGUAGGUAGUGUACGGCCCACGUGAGUUGUACUUGUAUGGAAAAUGGCCCGCUACGCAAAUGAGUUUGACACCCCUGAUUUACAUGUAUAAAAAUGUCUUUAAUGUCCCUUUAAUAGACAGUUUUUUUCUAGAGACAAAUUAAUCAUUCACACCUUCCCACUUGGGGAGUUAUGAUUUACUCAUUAUGGUAAUAAAUUCUGUACAGCAGAUGGUUUACAGUUAGUGUUUUAAUUUUUAGCUUUUUUAUAUAUAUAUUUAAUCCUUUCUACAAUGUAUUAAAGGCAGUAAACAUUAAUUAAAGGGAUAUUGUAGUGUAAAAGUGCACUGCUCGCUGUCAUACUCUGCUUACAGGGUCAGUAAACACCUUGAGAUUUUUAGAUAAAAUGUUUAGUUAGGCAUAAUGAAACUACUGUGCAAUAUAUUUUCAUUAUUUAUUUUGACCCCGUUUUGUGUAAUUUAGCUCUGCAAAUUGAGUCAUUUCUAAUAUUCAGAAAUUGAAAUCCACCUGCUGACCUCUCAAGGCUAACCCUGCUACACAACUGUCCCUAACUGUCUUUAACUGAUAGCAGCUGUAAAUAAAUGCAUUGUAUACUAACUUUAUGACUGUGACUAGUCUUGUUGUCUGCCGACUAAAGACCACAUAUGCUACUGCAAAAAAGGCAAAUGGUGGCUGGUGUUUGGCUAUUAAAAAAUAUAACUGUAGUAAAAUGGAUGUAAAUUAUAAAAAACAUGUUAAAGGACCACUCAGUGUAGUAGAAUUGCAUAAUAAACAAGUGCAUAAUAAAAAUACUGAUUUAACACCUA